AUGACACUCAUAGAGGAGUGGGUGGCUCAGAAGUUAGCGCCUCGCGGACGCAAAGAAGAAUUACGUAUUGAAGCCAUAGGAGGUAAGCGAAUUAACGACGACAGUUCGUAUCGCUUAAACGUUAAAAUAAAAGGCAUUUUCUCGAAAGACUUAGAGGAGAUAAGUGUACAAACAAUUAAGUCACUUAACCUUUCUCCGCAGUCAGUAAGCCGAGAAUUAUUGCAACGGUGUUCUCAUUUGACACCGAUUAAGGACGAGUUGAUUUAUGAGAGGUCCAGACCUACCAUAUUAAUUGGUCAGAACAAUUGGCAUCUCAUAGUUACUCGUGAAUUAAUUUCAGGAGGUAAGAACCUACCUGUAGCAUCACUCACCAAACUUGGAUGGGUUUUACAUGGUCACAUAUCGGGUGGCGUUAAACCAAUCAAGAUUGUUAAUCACAUUUCCACCAAGAAGGAGGAGGACAUGGAGAAGUUAAUCAAGAAUUAUUUUAGUUUGGAAUCUCUGGGAGUGUCUGCGCGAAAGCCCACGAACGACCCAGAAGAACGAGCUUUAAAUAUUUUGAACAAAACGGUACGUCGUAUACCUAAUAAUAGGUACGAGACUGCUUUGUUAUGGCGCACAGAUAAUGAGUGCAUGCCGUCGAAUAGAGCGCAGUUUGAAAGUCUCCUGUUUAAUAUCGAAAGGAAGCUCGAUAAAAAUAGCGAGUUGAAAAAAGAAUAUGAGAAGCAAAUUGAAAAUCUCAUCGUUAACGGUUACGCGGAGAAAGCGAACAAUAUUUCCAUUUCCCCACGCACGUGGUAUCUUCCUCACUUCGCAGUGACUCAUCCACAAAAAAGGAAAAUAAGAAUAGUUUUCGACGCCGUCGCAAGGACGGGCGGACGUUGUCUCAAUGAUGCAUUGUUAACCGGACCGGACUUAUUGAAGUCGUUAUUUGGCGUUCUGCUACGAUUCAGAGAAGGAAGCGUGGCAGUGAUGGCAGACAUUAAAGAAAUGUUCCUGCAAGUGAAAAUUCGGGAAGAAGACAGGGACAGCCUUCGAUUCUUAUGGCGGCACAAUCGUGACGCGCCACCGGAAGAGUAUAGAAUGACGUCACUCAUAUUUGGAGCGGCGUCAUCACCAUGCAUCGCUAUAUAUGUGAAGAAUAGAAAUACGCAGGAUAACGCACAUAUCUAUCCAGAAGCAGCUUCCGCGACGGAAAGCAAUUUUUAUAUGGAUGACUAUCUACAGGCAUUUCCCGACGUGACGACGGCCGAAAGAAUAGUAAACGAUAUGUAUGAAUUACAUAAACGUGCUUCUUUCCAACUGAGGGGAUGGGCUAGCAACCGACCCGAGGUUUUAAGUAAAAUUGAGAAUAAACAUAAGAGCGACGUAAGUCAUCGCUGGUUUCAAGGACCUGAAUUCCUCAGGACAAGUCCCGAUUUAUGGCCAAAACAAGUGGGCACCAUAAAUAGCUUAGAAACGGGUGAAGAAAAAUCGCCGAAAAGCGUAAACGCGCUAAGAAAGCAAGAGCCGUUAAAAGAAAUUCCUUGGUGCAACUACAUGCACCUUACAAGUGGUAGAUAA